AACAAAUGACUGGUUUAGCAUGUACUCCAGUAAUGUGACAAGCUCUUAAAUUCAAGAAGAUAAUAACAAGCAUUUAUUAAAAGUUAAUGUUGAUAAAUGCUGUCAGUAAAAUAUUUCACGUUUCGUGCACAGAAAAACAUAUUUUUUCAGUAAUAGUCAAGUCUUUUUCAAAGCAGGACAGAUUGUUUAAAAAUUCAAGUUUAAAGUACCAAAGUAAGUAUUUGUCUCUGUGUUUACUGUCUGUUGUCCGUCCGGAAAAUGUACUCCCAUUUCGAAGUAUGGCUUUAAAUGCGAAUGACUUGAAAGUAGAGUAUAAACCGUUAUAUAAACCACCCCUGCAAGAGUUGGCUGAUGUAUUAAAUCAAAAUCUCACGUAUAAUUUUGCUGAAGUACACGCGGAAGUAGUCGACUGUCCGGAUCUAAGAAAAGAGCCCUUUACAUUAGCCAGUGAGGGACUGGGUGGUAACCCAAGAGUGGUUGAAAUUGGGGGUGUUCCUUAUUUGGCCCCUAUUGCGCAACUAAAUAAAGUUUAUGAUUUAAAAGAUAUCGAACGUUUUUCUGGUUUAAAAUCUGCGUUUAUUGUUGGAGCAGGGGCUGGACCUCACCCUUAUGCAGGUGUUAAUUGCGAGGGCAUCAUUAAUAUGAAUGUGAAAGAUGGUAAGGUGGAACAACAAACAAGAAUAUCAAAAGUAGUUCCCAGUGAUGGGUCACAAGUUCAAGAAAUUUUGCCCAACUCAGAAACUCGUAUUGCCCUUCUUGCAAAUUUGUUUUAUUCUGAGGGAAAACCUGGAAAGGUAUUGAAAGUCCAUGUGAAAAAACGAAUUGGAUCAGACGAUUUCGUAACUAGCAUAAGGGAAACAUUAGCUAAAAGAUACUUUGACGAUAAAAUAAUUGGUCUUGGUGGUACCUUUCUUUUGAAAGAAGGAAAAGCAAAACAGCAUGUCAUGCCCGCAUUUUCGAAAACUCCUCUGAACAGUGGCAAAGAUAUAGACAAUUGGUUAAAAUUUUAUAAUAUGUCAGCACCCUUAAUUGCGGUUGGAACGCUUGAGACAGGAGAUCCAGGUUUAGAUCUUCGAGUGCAACAUUUCCAUAGUUUCAGUCAUCAUGGAGAAGCUGGUCAUUAUCAUAUUGAUACAACACCGGAAACUGUCGAAUAUUUAGGAUUUUUCAAUAUCGGAGAGUAUGUUUACAGAGUUGAUGCACCUGCAGUGAGUCAUUCAUUUGGAAGGGACUAAAUGGUUAUGGUUUUAGAUCAUUUAAAAAUAAAUUAGAAAUUGAAAUAAAAA